UUAAAGCAAAGAGAAACAAAUCAAGGGUGCCAAAAAAUAAAAAAACAUGUCAUCUACAUUUGAAUUCGAAAAAGAAAAACUGCAAAAUUUAACUUUAGCUAAGAAUUUUUUCAAAUUUCUUAUAUUGCAAUUUCUACAUUUGUGCCAAAAAAUGUUUCCCACCAAAUUAUUUAGUAACGACUCUUUGCCAAGCCUGCAAGGUUCGCUCUUCUCACUCAAUUCUGUCUAUUCGAAUACCUUUAGUCCGACUGGCACACGAAUGGAACUGUAUCCACGUCGACGUCACACCGAGUUCUACUAUGACCCCCAACCGAUGGAGGAGUAUCAGAGUCGCGCCUGUGAGCAUCCGCAGGACAAAUUACAACACAAAGCACAUGGCUCGAAAUUUGACUUGGAACCCAUUAACGAGGAGUCGCCAAAGUUGCGCAUCAAUCCGCCGAAGAACUCGGAUAUGCGCAUGUUUCGUAACAGUUACUUCUCGUGAGCUCCCUGUACGAAUGACAAGUGGAGUAGAGCGUUUUUGUUGUGUUGUGGGGAGUUGAGUGCGUGCUCAGCGAGUAAGCGCUUUGUUUGUGUGCAACUGUAAAUCCUUUGAAGUGCUUUGAAAAAUAAAACACAAACAAUCUUUAAACUAA